AUGCGGGUACAUCCGCUGCGGCUGUUGUGGAGCGAAGUCCUUGGACUCGAACGAGUUGAACGAAGUGGGUGCCCCAGCACGCUACUGUCAGUGGUAACCCAUCUUUCCGAUGAUCGUUUCCAUCAGCUGAAAGGGUUGUGCCUCGCCCUCACGGACGGCGACGACGGCACCGUCAAGAGUAAUUCCGCCGCAUCGGCAGUGUCCACGAUAUGUGUCGCCGUCUUUGUUCAGGACAAAACCGCAUCUACUCGGGUUCGCCAUGCGAUUCAUGCCCUCCCUGGGUUGGACCAGCUGAUCGUACGCGUGCAGUGCUUUACUAGCAGAGGCCCGUCGAAGGCAUCCUGGUACCCCAUCAACCAACUGAGGAACCGAGCUCUGGCCCAGGCGGACACCGACCUUGUGUUGAUUUGUGAUGUGGACUUUCGCCCGUGCCGGCGCCUAGCUCACCUGCUUCGUGCAUCUGGGGAGAUUAAAUCUAUUUUUAAGCGCGUAUCCUGCCGACUGAACUGCGUCGUGUUGCCAGCUUUCGAGGUGUCCGCCGCCCGCGACGACGACGACGAUGGUGUUAGCAAUGAAGAGGCGGCACAAAGAGCAGCCAUUGAAAUGCCCGAGAAGUCGUGGUGGUUGAAGACUCUAGCCUGUAAGCAGGAAUUGCUAAAACAGUGGGAACAGGGCCGCGUGGUUCCGUUCGCAAGCCGAGUGUGGGCUCAAGGACAUCGCGCCACGAACUUCGACAGGUGGAAGGCAGCCACCGACUUGUCCGGUUGGUACGAAGUCGCCUAUGAGGAAGGCUUCGAGCCGUUCGUUAUCAUGAAUCGGCUGCUUGUUCCUGCAUUUGACGAACGAUUUGAGGGCUACGGAAGGAACAAGGUGAUCUUCUUCUAUCGACUCCACAGCCUUGGCUUUUCGUUCACAGUGGAGCAUGGUCUGUUCCUCGUGCAUGCCCCCCAUGAGCGUUCAGAGUCGUGGCACAGAACGUUCGAUCGCAGAACGUUCGAUCGUGAAGCUGUUGCUGAACUCUCGUUGCCCGCCAAGGGGUAUCACUCCGAGCGUUUUGCCGCUAUUCUCGAGCAGUAUAAAGUGGCGAAGGAAGAGGUCAACGCGGAAGCUUUGCAGAGAAGACACCCCCCGCGAGGUGGCAGCACCAAGAGAAGGUUUCCUUUGGGGUUGAGAAAGAACCAGUUGGGACAUUGGCCGGUGGGGGCAGGGCCGAAGCUCGGCAAGUGCAAUGUUGGGGUGGCAAGAACGGCCUGCACAGACGCCCUCCGAGACGCCAUGCGUCACGCUCUUUGGGCCAGCCUGCACGCGCUUUGGUACGAGUACCAUCCAAAAAGAAUCGACGUUGUCGCAAGGCUUGAGAGCCGUCACCGCCGCGCUGAAUCCGACAUCACCAUCUUUACGCAGUGCUCGCUCUCCCGGCUGAACCGCCUCGAGCGAAUGUGCGAUCUCUGGACAGGCGUGGUUUCGGCGGCCAUAAUCAAUGGUGGAGGGGGCCAUGUGGACCAACGCAUGCGACGGAAGGUUUCGGCCCUUCAUCGCAGGGUAGAGUCCACGGGGAAAUGCCGCCUGGAUAUAUGCCUGUGCCAGCCCGCCCCUGGUCUUGCUGCGAGAGAUGGUCUCUACCCCGUAAAUUCGCUCCGGAACGCCGCCCUCCGCGCAUCAAGAACCGACUUGGUCUUGUCAGUGGACGUCGACGCCAUGCCCAUGCGGGGUCUCCACGAGGUCGUCAGCCGUCCCCCGGUGUACGCGCGACUCCUUGAAAUGUGCCGAGGAGGAAGGCCUCCCACUCACGCAGCCCCUGCAUUCCCCGCGGCCUCUUGUUCGGGGGCGGACACAGAGGCGGCGACCUUGGACACGCAUCCACCAACGUUUUUGGUUGUGCCUGCGCUAGAAUUCGUGGGUGCAAGCUCGCCGGACGACCCGCGCAUCCGCACUCUUCUGCAGGAAGCCGACAACAAGCGGAAGGCCGCUGACCUCGUCGUGGCCGGGGACCUGCAGGCCUUCCAUGCUGAGUGUUUCCCCGAGGGCCACCGACAGACCAAUCUCGAUCGGUGGACAACACUCCCAGUAGAUGCGACUCCGUACGAGGUGAUGUACGCAGAAGGCUACGAGCCAUACGGCCUCUUUUUCCGCCGCCACGCCCCGCCGUUUGACGAGAGGUUUCGAGGGUUUGGACUGGACAAGGUGUCCCACUGCUGGCACCUUCACCGCCUCGGGUGGACGUUUCGCGCGCUGCCGGUGGCGUACCUCAUCGACCUGCCGCACCCUGCGACCGACCACAGAAGGGCCCACCGGACUGCGCCCAACUUUCGGGCCUCCGUGGACGGACUGUUCCAGCGUUUCUGCACCGAGGUCGACCGUUCCCUCGCCGCCAGUUCGUCCUUGCUCUCUCCAUCUGCCCGCGCCCCCACCGCAAACGUUUGGGGGGCUACGUACUACCAAGAGACUCAGCUUGAGGGCCUCCAGCGUCGAGAUUACGAGGUGUUGGCGGGGCUGUCUCUCUUGGCGUGGGGUGACGCUUGGGCAGCCGGUCGAGCCUACCAAGGCGGCGGCGGCGGCGGUGGCGGCGGCAGCAGACUCCGAGUCACUUGCGGGGGAGGCUGGAAGCUCAAGGGGAGCAUGGGCGCUUGGGAAGGACUGCGGGCCAGGGAUGCGUGCAGCAAAGACGGUGACGACCCGGCAACCGAACCGGGUUCGUGUGGCGCUAUCCUCGGCGAUCGUGAUCGAGUCGCCAUUCCGCCACGAAUGGUCGGUGGCUGGGUACACGUUUGCAUCGAGGGGCAACAGCAAGGAGAUGCGGGGGCUGGCGGUGACAGUAGCUCGUCUGGACUGCAUGGACGAUCUGUCAUCCGACCCCGUACCCUGCACGGGGUGGUGCGGUACUGGGUUCACCCACGGUGGAAUCCAAAGAAGAGCCCGCGGGGGAAACUUCCCGGGCUGGGAAUGUCGGGGGACGUGCGAUUUUUCGUGCGCUGGCGCGAAGGAUCCAUCGGUUUCUGCUCGCUGAUGGUGCUGGGGCGACCAUUGAAAGAGGUCUGCGAGGUGCACGUGAUUCACCAAGUCCCGUUCUCACUAGAGCACGGAAAAACGACCGCGAUACAGCUCGAGGCGGACAUGCGGCGUACGCCGGGCAACGGGGGCGCGCUCUCGUUCCGAGCGUGGGCAAACGGGAGCGUGGUCUACGAGGCUCGUGUUUACGCCGGCGACGUGGCCGUUUCGGGUGAUAACGAGAAGGGGAUGUGGGUCGAGGACGCCUUACUUCAUGUUCUCGCCGCCUCUGUUGGUGACGGUGGGGACAAACGAGAGAGGGAGAGAGGAGGGGCCGCCGAUGCGGAGCAUGUGCUCAUCGGCGGAUUGGAAGUCUGGGGGAAGCACCCCACUCGUGAAGCAGAAGAGGGGGGGUUGGAACCAGACACUACCCUUCUUGCUGCUCAAGGCAGAAAAUACACCAGAGAGGGGCUCGUUGCUCAAGACGAUGCCAUGGCGAGGUCUACAAUGGCGGGAAAGCUGCGCUUUGUGUUUGUGGCAAGUACGGGAAGGUGUGGGACACACUACCUGUCUCAAUUGUUGGGAACAUCUCCCUGUGUCGAAGCGCUUCACGAGGCUUCUCCUGACCUCAGCGGGCGGCAUAACCUUCUGGCGGCGGCAACCGAUCCAGAAAAGAGCUACGAGAAACGCCGCCACAAAGCCGAGGAAAUCUUGCGAUCGGCACGGCACCACCUGUCGGACAGGGGCAUCGGAACCCUGACGUACGUCGAGACGUCACACCUGUUCCUGAAGACGUUUUCGGACGUCGUUAUGCGCGAGCUAGCGCCACACUUUCGGGUGGACGUCGUGGUGCUCCGUCGCGAUCCGGCGGCGGUGUUGAAGAGCCGUAUCGAACUAGGCCAUUUCUGCCGCCGGCACAAGCGGAGCGACUGGCUUCUACUUCCCGCUGCUGCGACCGCUACCAGCGCUCACGACCGUUGCCGGCAGCAUGCGGACGCGCCGUGUGGUGGGGGUGAGAAACGUCGUCUAUCUCCCGUCCAGGAGGUUGACAUGGAUGGGUUCGAGGCACUGAUUGCGUAUGCCGCAAACACGGAGACCCAGAUACGGUACGAAGGUCGAUGCCCAUAUUGA